AUGGUCUUUAACAUUUAUACUGAUGCAUCCCUCAGAUACGGACAUGCAACGAUUGCCAUCUUUUGCGAUAGUUAUGAGUACUUUACUUUAACCGAACAAGUUUUGAUGUCAACUUAUCAAGGAUCUACAAUGAAACUAGAGCUUUCCGCAAUAGAAAAAGCUUUAACACUUAUUUCGGGAAUGCCUAGAAAAAAAUCAAAAUUUCAAACUUUUAACAUAUAUUCAGAUAAUGGAAUUGCUGUUAUUAAUGCUCAGGAUUCUUCACAAAAAAAAUUUAUUGAAACACAAUUACAAGCGACAGUUAAUGUAAAGUAUGUGAAGGGACAUUCUGGAGUACAUGGAAAUACGGUUGCUCAUCGCAUGGCUUACAAGGCUCAUUUUUCAAGAGUGAUAGUUCGAAAUUGA